AAAAUUCUGCUGUCGACUCUUCACACUUUCUCCUCUCUGCUAAGUGGAAUCACACACUCAAGAGCACGAAUUAUUGGCGCAGUCACCCUCUACAACGAAACAGGCUCACCCAUACACGCCCGAGCGAGAUGGCCGAGGUCCUAGGGAUCAUUUCAAGUGGUGUCGCCAUCGGCAAGGCAACUGCAGCCAUUCCAAACAGCCUGAUAAAGCUCAACGAACUCUGGAAUGAGUUUCGGGAUGUACCAGAGGAUUUAGCAUUCCUUGUACGGCAGAUCGAGAUCUUGCAUCUACUCUUCGAAGAAAACGAAAACCAAGUCAGCCGGGCCCGACAUAUCUCCCCUCCUCAAUCUGUGGAACGCGCUAUUAAGCUCGUGAAUAAUGGCGCUCAAGAACUCGAGGCACUGGUUGAAGAGCUACAAGGAGGAUUGAAGCAGAGACAAGGGUGGAAAGCAAAGGUUGCGACGGCGAAGGUGGUACUGAAGAGCCACCAGAUCAAGAGAUGCAAAUCGAGGCUUAAAGCUACGGUUACUCUAUUGAACCUCGCAAAACAAUGCCAGAUGACCUACUUGGCUUCAAUGAUGGAAGAAGUAAAUCAGUUGCAAAAGAUCAGAUCAGGAGACACGGACGGCGAAAACGAGUCUUCGUCUUUACAAAUUUCCACUAAAGAAACCAAGCACCGUCGUGGCCCUAAUGCGGAGCUUGCUUUUCGAUUUAAGCUACGUUUUCUCAGCCGACAAUGGAACCUUUGUGUGUACCGAUCCCAAGUCGGCUGGGAUUGUGGAUUUCGUACCUGGAAUAUGGUCUCGGUUGAUUCUCCGGUAGCGCGGUGUAUUUCCCUUGAUGAUGUGAAUGCGCUGCGCCAGCUUUUCGAGACAGGCGCUGCAUCGCCCUUUGAUCUUAUUUGCAACGGGAGCUCUGACUCCCAGCCAAAUACACUUCUCACUUGUUCUGUAGCUUAUGGAAGUCACAAAUCUUGUCACUUAUUGCUGAAUCAAGGAUUGAACGCAUACGAAGAAAGCAUUGAGCACCCCAGAUCAAUCUUCCUUUUCCUCCUAUGGAUAUCAUACCAGAGUGCCGGACGCAACGCUGCACCUGAGAUCGGUAGACACCAGAUCUAUCUAUCAAUUGGGGAAAUGCUGCUACAGAACUUUCAACGUAUUGAUUUCCGACCGAGCCUCCGUCGUAACGGCCUUGAAUAUGGCCUUCUCAGUUGUUUUAGGGGAACUCUUGUCGCGUUCCAGCUGAUCCAAGCUGCCUAUUGCCCGAACUACCACGAGUCAUCCUUCGAACACAGAGCCAGAAUUGCAAAAGAUCUAUUACGGUAUAACACACCUGACACCACGAUGGCAGCCUUAGGUACUAUCAGCAGCCUUGGUAUUGAUCAACUUUUAGCCCCGGUAUGGUGGCUGUCUGACACUACGACAACUCUAUUUGAUGCUGUAGCCUAUAAAUUCGGCCUUGCACUUUUCGAACCCUGGUAUCAACCAAGUUCAAGAGAGGUUUAUAAGCCGCUGUGGGAUUUUUCUUAUGUAGAGCAAGAGAACGGCGUCACUUUCAGGCUUUUGUUUGACCCCGACAAAUAUCCUAUGUGCGGCUGGCAAGCAUUAGUUAGACAAAUCCUGAAUAAAGGUGCAGACCUGAAUAGGUGUGGAUUGUUUGGCACCCCACUUAUUCGGAUGUUGAGAGGAGCCUAUUCUCUGAGUUGGUGGUAUUCGUUCGAGCUAAACGAUCCGCUCGGUGACGUUUGUUUUUGCGACCGUCCUUUCCAGCACCAGCACAGAAGAGGAGAGGAAGCAUUGCUCACGUGGCUUCAAACGCUUCAAGGAUUUGGGAUUGAUCUGGAAAGGUACGGGAAGACGGAGCACAAGCUCUUCUAUCAGGAAAGCUCGUCUUGGAGAAACCUAGAAUUUCUCAUUCCAGGUCGUGGGGAAGAGGUGUAUCCUCUGCGCUUAAUUGGAUUGCAGGUUGGGCCAGAGCCCGAAGACUGGAAGGUCUGGCUUUCAGAGCCAUCUGACGAGUUUGCGGGAGACUUUUGGGACAUGCUUGAGCACCCUGAAAGAACUAUCCCUGGAGCUUGGGAUGAUUUCACUUGGUAAUUCCAUUGCCUAACUUCGAGAGUGAUGAUCGAAGUAACAGCAACGUAAUGAUUUUUAAUGAAGCUGGAAAGUCACAGUCUGCAUCAGCAAACCCAAUAAAAUGACAGGUGGGUUUAAAAUAGCAUAGAAGAGCAUGGAAUAGCUCGUAGUUGGAGUGGUGCAGCGCGACUACAUCCCUUCAGUUGAAACAUACUG